CGAAGCUCUCCCGAAACAGAGUCCUCGUUGGUCAACCAUUACACUAUGUUGGUGUUGCAUAUAUGCAUCCGAUGUGGUCUCGUGGAAAAGCUAAAGAAACUUUUUGAGGAAGUCACUGAUAAGAAGUUGAAUAAACGCAUAAUGAUCCUUCUCUCAGAAAUCUCGUAUAUGCAGUCAUUCCUAGUUCCAGAUCAGCUGAUAAUGUCAAUAGCUCCGUCGUUUGAGCUCAACAAGCAGAUCGAGAAAUACCUUCGAAACCACCAUAAUUCCAACCUCAUUCUUACAGAGCACGUCCACGUGAAGCUAUCGGAACAGGUCUUUAAGGAUUUGCGAUUAAAAAUGCUGUGCGGUGUCGAUGCAACACAAUUGAAAACUCUAGUUUCGGAUACCCAUGUUUUGGCCACCAAAAAUUACUACAAAUGGAAUUGGAGCUUGAUCACUGAGCUGAUGCAAGGCCCAUUGCGAGACUCGCGCAACUUUGAAGAAACCGUGCGUACCACCAAGUUUUACAAGCGACUGAUGUCGUUCUACCGUCCGUUCAAGUACCGUUUUGCUUCGUUGCGCAAGACGAAGUCUAAUUUGGUUUUCGUUAAAGUUGGCUGCGAAAUCUUCAAGAACUUGCUCUCCAACGCUGAGGGAGUCAAAUAUCUGACUGAGAAUAAGAUAUUGCCCCAGAUAGCAGAGUGCCUUGCACAGGUAGACCCGUAUAGUGGAAUCACGGCAGGGGACCCACUUUUCUCCAAAACCAAGCUAGAGACAACGCUCAGUUAUGGCUACUUUUCGUUCCUUGGAGUUCUUUCAGCAGACCCCAACGGACUGCGGAUGUUGGAGCAAUGGUGGUUUUUCGAUAUGCUGUACCAUAUAACUGAUCAGAAAGCACACCGACCAGACCUAGUGAAGAUCAUUAUCAAGGAGAUGAAGUACAAUUCUAACAGUCAUAUGCGGAUUAUCCUCAGCAAGGUGGCGAGUACCUCGAGUCCUUCGUUGCGUUUAUUUUCUGUUCGGCUGCUGGGAAAUCUACUGGAGAAUGAAGAAUGUGAGAGUUUUGCGUGUCGUUUGCUGGUGGGCCAGCUGUGCGAUCCAGAGGAAAAUAUCAGGAAGCUUUCUGUGGAGUUGCUGACUUCUUUCGCCAAAGAUGAGGAAAAAGUGCUGGAAAUUACCAAGUACCGGCCGUCGAUCGGUGUUUUGGAAACACCGAGCGGCAUAAAUCUGAUGCUCAAGAUUCUGGCUACGGGGCCUGGGUUCGAGUAUUUGCAAGAGUACGACUUUGUGGAUGAGGAGAUGGAAGCCUGGAUACAAUCCAAAAACAAGCACUACGUGCAUCACAUAGAGACUUAUCUGGCCCAGAAACUUUUCAAUGAAAAGACUCCCAACGAGCUGCCAUACCACUUUUUUGGCGGACUAGUGAGGACAGCUGAUGGAUUGCGGCUAUUUGAGGUGACUGGAACGUUCGACUCAUUUUCGCGCGUGGUCAACUCGUACGCCAAUUUAAUCGAGACGGGUCAGGAGUCGGAGUUUUACUACAAUACGCCGUGCAGUGAGCAAGAAGAUUAUGUGACAGACCUCAAGUCUGUGCUGUGGGCAAUUGGCCACAUAGGCUCGUCGGACCGUGGUGCGUGUCUUUUAGAUAUGACAGGCGUCGUGAACGAAAUUGUCUCGAUUUGUGUCAAAUCGCAAAAUGCGUCUAUCCGAGGCACAUGUUUUCUGGUUCUGGGGCUGAUUUCCCAAACAGACCUCGGGUCCGAAAUGCUGGACGACGUGGGGUGGUUCACAAAAACUGCCUCGAACGGCUAUCUGGGGUUGUGUCUGCCGAAAAAGCUGGAGAGCCUGGUGGAUCUAGACACGCACGAGGACAUACUUGCGGAUCUGAGCAGAGUCCCAAAUUCCACAACGAUGGAAGAAUUCGAUAGGAUCAUGGACCAGGACUACUUGCCAUUUCACAGUAGAGAGAAGCCAUUAAAAAGAACCGACUCGUCUGGUGGAUUUGGCGGUGCAGCGGGACCCGGCCCCUCCUCCCACACCGCAAACAUCACCAAAGAAUACCAGGUUCUCAAGCAAAUAUACCGAAACCUGCUACUUCUUCCUGUCAACCAGGGAAAAGCUGUGGGGAACCUAAAUCGGCUGAAAUCCGGUAACCCUAGAUUAUUCGAGUCGGAGCCGGUGGUGAUGAAAUUGAUUAUUGAGGUGUUGGAAAAUUACCGGAUAAAGUUCAAUGUGAAGAGGUUCCUUCUGUGUGAGUUGGUUGAUCUCAACAGUCUCAUGGAGGCACUACUGAAGCAUAAUAGACGAAAGCUCAGGGAACAAGGCUUUCUUUCAGGUGGGGUAAGUGGUGAGAACUCCAAAUCUGCACCAAACAUAUCCAUGGCAAGGGGGUCAAGUAAUCGGCAUCCUGUGCUAUAUUGAUAGCUGCACCUGGCAACCCCUCAAAAGUGGUAAAUUUUCUGGCCAAAGCAAGGCCCAAUUCGGCGAGGGUAAUAAUUUAUUAUGGACCCUCUCCAGAGAUUAACCCCACACGUACUUUUUUAUUGCAAGUGCGUGACUCUUGGUACAAUGCAGAUAAGGCCAUUCGUAAGUUCUCACACCAUUGAAGGGGGUGGCACUUAUAAAUACCGAGGAGGAUUUCCGGGCUUUCGUAUACUUUGACACAUAUGUCACAAUUUAACGAGGACGUCGAAAAACAAAUAGCUGACGAUCAGGUUGGAUCGUCCCACUCUCAACCUACUGCAGUCCAUGAGGAAGGCCUUCAGUCUGUGGUCCACUCCGAUGAUGGCAAGUAUCUUUGGUUGGGAGGUCGCAAGUAUCUCAAAAGUGAUCUUGUUAGUGCGUUCGGUGGUACUUUGCAACCGGGAUAUGCUCCUCCAAGCGUUCAUAAAUUCGCCAAUCCAGCGCCUCUGGGUCUGUCCGCUUUUGCACUGACAACGUUUGUUUUGUCGAUGAUAAAUGCCGGGGCCAUGGGUGUCUCCACCCCCAACGUGGUGGUUGGUCUUGCCGCUUUCUACGGAGGUUUAGUUCAGCUGCUGGCAGGAAUGUGGGAGUUGGCCCUGCAGAACACGUUCGGUGCAAUGGCUCUAUCCUCAUAUGGUGGGUUCUGGAUGAGUUACGCUGCUAUAUUUAUCCCCUUCUUUCAUAUUACUGACGCGUACGAGGAUGAAGUGGAACUGAGCAACGCGCUCGGUUUCUACCUACUGGGCUGGACCAUUUUCACUUUUAUGUUGAUGCUUUGCACCAUGAAAUCCACCGUCGCAUUUUUUUCGCUGUUUGCGUUCCUUGACCUCACAUUCCUUUUGCUCGCUGUCGGCCACUUGGCUCCGUCGUCUGGAUGUGUCACUGCGGGAGGUGUGUUUGGAGUGAUCACCGCUUUCAUCGCAUGGUACAACGCCGCAGCCGGUGUGUUUGACGAGGGCAACUCCUACCUGACCAUCAAGCCUAUUUAUCUGCCUAAGUUCGGCAAAAAGUCCAAUUGAGUUGUGUGUAGUAUACAGGUUUUUAGGUAGCGAUGAUGAUUCUAUUUUGGUCGAUCCCCGCGCAAACUUCCCAAAAGGUACUUAAUUUAUCAGAGUGUAGUCCCG